ACCUACACCACCUAUGGUCCAUCCUCCAUGACCACCUACGCCACGUCUGGUCCAUCCGACAUUAUGACCUACGCCACCUCUGCGCCAUCCUCCACAAGCACCUACGCCACCUUUGGUCUAUCCUCCACGACCACCUACACCACCUCUGGUCCAUCCUCCUUGACCACCUACGCCACGUUUGGUCCUUCCGACAUAAUGACCUACGCCACCUCUUCGCCAUCCUCCACAAGCACCUACGCCGCCUCUGGUCCAUCCUCCACGACCACCUACACCACCUCUGGUCCAUCCUUCACGACCACCUACAUCACGUCUGGUCCAUCUGCCAUGAUGACCUACGCCACCUCUGCUCCAUCCGCCACAACCACCUACGCCUCCGUCCUUCCUCUCCCGACCACCCUCACUGUCUCCGUAGCCACUGCUCCCCCAGCAGUGCAACCAGUCCCUGAGAAACCACUGGCUGUGGAUGAACGCAGUGUACCAGGGAUAGAUAGAGUGGACAACCUUGCAAGCUACUUGGUGGGGCUUAGGAUGGAAUCUGGUCAAACUCUGAGCCACCAGCAGGCCAGUACCAUCAUUGCCCUAUGGCAAAGCCUGCUUCCAUAUGACCAGCAGAGAGUGGCAUAUGCUGCCCGGCACCAGGUGAAUCUUACAACAGGACGCUUCAGGUGCUCAAAAACCAAGCCUGAAUUCACACCUGGUGUGGAUAGCAUGACCCGUUGCGUCCUUGGGUCAACAGGAUCCCCUGCCCAGUGGCCAGACUGUUGCCGCCUGGUAGAGUCUAUCUUUGUUAAACUCUGUGAUAUUCACAGGAGCCCCAAAAAAAUAGGAAAUCAUGCUGUAACAAGAUGGACUCUAAUUCUGAGGGACUACAGCAAGAUCCGGCAGCUGGUCCUGGGCAAUGGGACUGUGAUGAAGAAUACCACCCUGCAAUUGUUUCAGGUGAAUCAAACAACUUUAAAUCAAUGGCACAAGAAGCGGCUAAAGAGGCAAGAAUGUGCCAUCCUGCUUCAGGGUGUGAACUUGCCAGCCCCCAUUCCUAUUGCUGCUAGGCCUCUCCCGCCUGGACAGACUCGCCCCACUACAGCCCCCCCACAGCUUGGUCCCCAACACCGCUACCACCUGCCAGCAAGCACAGUGGGAAAGGCAGUGGACAAGCGAAAGUCUGCAGUUCCAGCCCCGCACCCCCCUCCUCCAAAGGUUUUCCGACCAAGGCAGUUGUUCCCUGCUGAUUCUGCUCCAUUACCUGUUGUUCCCAACCCCAGUCCUGCAUUUGCCCCGUUUGUGUUUUUAUGUCCAGUUCCUGUCAUCCGGCAGAUUGCUCCAGCUGGCCCCAUUCCCUCCCCACCACCUGCUCGGAGGCCCUACGUCCGCACUGUGGACAAAAACAAGUGCAGUCUGUGCCACCAGCCCCGGAACAAAGAUACUGGCCACAGCCAGUAUUAUGGCCACAUUUACUGUCCCCUGACUGCUGUUAUGCCACUUGACCAAUGGAGGGAGGAGAUGAAGAAGAAGAGGGCAGAUAAAAAAUAAUAAUUUGUUCAUUUAAAAUGCUAUGUGUGUGUGCUUGCUUGCGUACACCUCUGUUAGGGUCAUUUGUUCACCCUCUGAAAAGCUAAUUUGUUCAUUUGCUUUUCACAUUUGAUCAUUUAACCCAUAUAAAUAAGCUUAAAGCUUUUUUGAUAAAGUUGUGUUUAUGUGAGAGAGAAGGUGUUUGUUAUAAAAAUAAAAAGAA